UUACCCCUUAAUCACGUUUAGUUCUUAAUUAAUCUCCUCCUUCGCCAACGUCCUUGCAAAGUCAUAAAAACCUUUUUCCUCAUUCGAAGGCUUUGACCUCAAGAAUUUCUUGUUUUUCUUUCGUUUGAAAUUCCAACAUUAAAAUUUCCCGAUUCUUCUUCAAGCGCCCCUCCUUUGAUUCCGGUUUAUUUUUGUCACUGAGAAAAAAGGGAAGUUUUGUCGGGUUUUCGGGUAAAUUGAACAAAAAAAAAACAGAAAAUUUCAAAGACAAUGAUAUUGUCACAAAAAGGAUGCAAUCGAGGUGAGUUGCAGACUUUGCUCAAUAAAAAAUCGAGCGUCGAGAAGAGCUUCUACUUUUGGAUCUUCCAAAUCUUCAACAGAUAUAGCUCCGAAACGUGAUUAGUUCUUCCUUUUUUUGUUUCUGUAAUAAUCGCUGGGGUGAGGGUUUGUUUCUUGUGUCACAAGUAACUAGCUAGUGUUUGUUUACUUUCUGCUGAAAAUGGGAAGUUCAUCUUUACCGCCUGGAUUCCGAUUUCAUCCCACCGACGAAGAACUCGUCGGAUACUACUUGGAAAGGAAAGUUGAAGGGCUCGAGAUCGAGCUCGAAGUCAUCCCAGAGAUCGAUUUAUACAGAUUUGAUCCUUGGGAAUUACCAGACAAGUCGUUUCUGCCGAACCGGGACAUGGAAUGGUUCUUCUUCUGUCCGAGAGACAAGAAGUAUCCGAACGGUUCUCGGACCAAUAGGGCUACAAAAGCCGGUUACUGGAAAGCAACCGGAAAGGAUCGGAAAAUCACAUGCCGCUCCUCUGUUUCAGGCUAUCGUAAAACGUUAGUUUUCUACGAGGGCCGUGCCCCACUGGGCGAAAGAACCGAUUGGAUCAUGCAUGAAUAUCGUCUAUGCGAUGAUGAUAUUUCUCGUGGAUCACAAAAAUCCACGGGGGUUUUUGCGUUGUGCCGUGUUGUCAAGAAGAAUGAGAAAAAGGGUAAUAACCUCGGAAGAAUUCGAAAAACUUCGACCGACCAAAUGAUCGAUUCGGGUAACUCAAGCCUCGUAACCUCUCCUCGCCCAGAAGAAACGCCACCGGAAAACCCUAUUUCUACCGCAACAGACUCCUCUAGCUUUUGGGUUUCACCGGAUUUUAUCCUUGAUUCAUCAAAGGAUUACCCGCAGAUUCAGGAUUUUGCAUUCGACUACUUCCCUAGACAAGAUUACUCGUGCCCUGAUGAUAACCGAUGGGGAAAAGCCAAUUUUCCGGCCAGUUCAUCACAUCCAAAUGAAGAAGAGAACAAUGAUCAAUCGGUGCAAACUGGUUACUGGACAAAUAUUGGGUACGAAGAUUGGCACUACAUUAACGGUUACGACCAAGCAAGUUCAUUCAAUGAUAUCAACCCGGCCCUUCUAGAGGAAAUACUAAAGAGAACUUAACUUGUGGCAUUAAAAAAAUGUCGGUUUAUUUGGUACGAUAAUGGAGAAGAAAGGGUAUAUGGGAUCCAAGACAAAGCCUUUUUAACGUUGAUCUUGGAGGAUAACAUCAUGGACAAAGGGUAUGUGGAUUUAUGUUUAGGGUUUUUUUUUUGUGAGUUUUCUUAUUUGCUGCGUUUUGUAU